GUCCCGACACUCAUGUCGCCUUUCGCUCCUUCACCGUUCCAGUCAAUACUGGCGACAAAUGCUGUACCAACUGCAUCUCACCGUCAAGACAUCCGAGUCUUUCUCACUACCCCACUCGCUGAGCUGGCGGGCCUAGAAGAGGAAGUCGCGCGGCUGCAGGUGCUGGUUGAGGAGAGCAAAAUCAGGUUAAAGGCGCAAAAAGAGGUGGCGGGAGGGUACGAGGCGCUUAUUUCUCCCCUCCGCGGACUUCCCGACGACCUUGUGCGGGCGAUCUUCCUCGAAACACUGCCAGUGUCGCGCGCGGCCGCGUUUGUGGCAGAUGAAGGCCCCAUGCUACUGUGUCGGGUGUGUCGCGCGUGGAAGGAGCUGGCGUUGACAACCCCGCGGCUUUGGGCGUCAAUGCACAUUGUCUUUCCUGAAGUGACACGUGUCCCGCGCGUUGUUGCUAUGGUGUCGACCUGGCUUGCCUGUUCCGGCGCCGUCCCACUUUCAAUCUCAAUUGUCGCAUCGCGGAUGUGCGGGCGAGAGGCCAAUUACCAACUACAGCCCCUUCUUGCGCUUCUCAUCCCCCACGCACGUCGUUGGCAGAGUCUCGAGAUCGAGUUCCAUCCAGAGGACAAGUCGCACGACAUCCUGGGCCAACUUCGGACUGAGGAAGUCCCACUGUUGCGACACUUCAAGAUGUCAUUCUAUCACCAUCCUUCUGGCUACGACGUAUAUGCUCCUCCGCCAUUGCUCACCUAUCCCUUCCUCCGCACACCUUCACUGCGUAGCUUCAACUACACCGGCCAGCACUCGACCGCGCCACGCAUCGUGCCAUGGGCAAAUCUUCACCACCUCAAGCUUUUCAUCUACGAGAGUAACUCCGGCGCGCAAGUCCUGCCUUCCAUCGUCCAUGCGCGUCAGCUGCGGACGCUUGACAUAAGCAUUCGAGAUGAAUUCGGCCCCAUCCCAGAGGCGGAGCUCCAGGUUACGUUCCCAUAUCUCGAAGAGCUUCGGAUCGACACCUAUGACCCAGAGUCAGCAAAACAUUUUCUCCGUGCACUACACGCACCGCAACUGACCCGGCUCAUGCAUUCCGUCUUUCGAGCGCCAGCGGACAUGGCAGAACCGCUCCGCCUCGCAAAGGAAAGCAUCCGCGGCCUGUCCGAAUUCGAGGUCGUUUUGCGAGCGUGUAGCCUGGAGCAUCUCCGAGCACUGCUCCACGCAAUGCCGACACUUGAGAGUCUCACGGUGGUGGGCGAGCCACAUGGCCUUGCCGCCCACUGGGAUGAGCACGAUGCGGAGUUUUUAGAGCUUUUUGUGCCGCCGCUGGGAGCCCCGCCGGUCGUCCCGCUAUUGCGCGUGCUAAAGCUGUCGCAGGUCACUUGGACGGCGAAUGCGACCAUUCUGGGAGUACUGCGCGGGCGAGUGGGCCAGUCUGCCAUUGACAAUGGUCUGGAAGCGCUGCGCAUGGUGGAGAUUGAUUUUGGGCGGGCGAGGGGAAAGAACGAAGAGCUGGCCAGUGAGGGGGGAGUGAAAGAGGCGGUUAACGCGGGGACCUUGGAGCUCGUGGUGAAGUAUCGACCACAGAUGGGAUGGACGUAUUCGUUGCUUGAAGGGACAGAGAGAGAUGAGGUGGAGACCUACUAUGAUGAGUAUUAG